GGCCGCCCGGGCCCGCCCCGUCCCGCCUCCCUCACGGCGGCGGCGCGGGAAGAGCCGGGAAGCGCUGAGGCUGAGCGGGACCGAGGAGCCAUGCACAAACUCUUCACCCUCGUCCUGGUGGUGCAGCCGCCCCGUGUCCUCCUGGGCAUGAAGAAGCGCGGGUUCGGUGCUGGGCUGUGGAACGGCUUCGGGGGGAAGGUGCAGACCGGGGAGAGCAUCGAGGAGGCUGCCCGGAGAGGGCUCCUGGAGGAGAGUGGACUGACUGUUGACACCUUGCAGAAGAUGGGUCGGAUCACAUUUGAAUUUGUGGGCAACUCUGAACUCAUGGACGUUCACAUUUUCCGGGCAGAUCACUUCCACGGAGAGCCAACAGAAAGUGAGGAAAUGCGGCCCCAGUGGUUCCAGCUGGACGAGGUGCCAUUCAAUUGCAUGUGGCCAGAUGACAUCUACUGGUUUCCCCUGGUGUUUCAGAGAAAGUUGUUUCAUGGCUAUUUUAAGUUCCAGGGAAAUGGCACGAUCCUGGAACACAGCCUGAAAGAAGUAGAGGAAGUUUAAGAAAAGGGAAGCAUUCAGCUCAAGUGCUACUGCCCACACUGGGCUGCAACACCAUGAGUACAACUUAUGAGGGUUUCCUUGCUCAGCUCUCCAGAGACUUAUUUCCAGGUCACUGGAAAGUAAGGAAAACAAGGGGGUUUCUUAAAGCAGAAAUGAAAGCACCAAGAUUUUCCAAGGUGGGAAGUCCCAGGCUGUGGUAGGCUUUAGUGGUUAUGUGAUCAUAACUAUUAAAAACUUAGUGUUAACCCUUUUCUUCACAGCUGGCUACUGGUUUAGGCUUUUCCCUCAUGACUGCACCUUUUCUUUGAAAUAUUAAAAAUUUGUUUUAGUAAAA